CAUAACAUUUUGUGGUGAUGCUUCUCAUCAGUGCUUUCUUUUGUUUUCGUUCUUCUUCUUUUUUGUUUUUGAAAGCUCUCCUCUUCUUUGUACUAAUGGAGUUCGGAAUACCCUUAUUCCAUAUAUUCAUCAGUUUUCUUCUUGUUUUGUUAAUGGCAAUUCGAAGCGUGAGGAAAUCUAAAGCUAGGAGUUUAACUCAAAGGUUGAUUCCAGGCCCACGGAAAUUACCUUUGAUCGGAAAUCUGCACCAGCUCGCCGGUCCUACUCUACCCCAUCGCACCCUGCGUGACUUGGCUACGAAACAUGGAACCGUCAUGCACCUGCAACUCGGUCAAGUUUCAACUGUGGUCAUUUCUUCUGCAGAAAUGGCUGAAGAGAUUAUGAAAACACAUGAUAUUGUCUUUGCUUCUAGGCCUUCACUCGUUGCGGCCAAGAUUAUAACUUAUGAAUGCACUGAUAUUGUCUUUUCACCAUAUGGAAAGUAUUGGAGAAAUCUGCGAAAAAUUUGCACAUCGGAGCUUCUGAGUGCGUCUCGGGUCGCCUCCUUCCGAUCGAUAAGAGAAGAGGAAGUGUUGAAUCUCGUCAAAACCAUAAAAUCAAAUGAUGGGUUGGCUGUGAAUCUGAGCCAGAAAGUUUUUUCAAUGACUUAUGGCAUAACAGCGAGGGCAGCCUUUGGCAAGAAAUGCAAAUAUCAAGAUUCUUUCAUAUCAGUUGUUGCGGAGCAAACGAAGCUGGUUUCUGGUUUCUUUGUUUCCGAAUUUUUUCCUUCACUUCAAUUCCUGGAUGUUGUUUCGGGUAUAAAGUAUAGAGUUGAAAAGACUCGUGCAGAAGCUGAUGGGAUUCUUGAGAGCAUUGUUAAUGAUCACAAAGAAAGUAGAGCAAGAGGCAGAAGUAAAGAUGACAGGGAAGAUCUGGUUGAUCUUCUUUUAAGGCUUCAGGAAGAUGACGAAUUCCCUUUAACUGAUAACAAUGUCAAAGCCAUCAUAUUAGAUAUUUUCACUGCCGGAAGUGAGACAUCUGCAUCAACUGUAGAAUGGGCGUUGUCGGAAAUGAUUAAAAAUCCAAGAGUUAUGGCAAAAGCACAAGCAGAGGUAAGGCAGGUAUUCCAAGGAAAAGGAAAUGUGGAUGAAACAGGCAUUCAUCAACUUCAAUAUCUAAAGUGUGUUAUAAAAGAAACCUUAAGACUGCACCCUAUUUUACCUUUAUUGCUUCCAAGAGAAUGUAGCAAGAAUUGUGAGGUUAAUGGAUUUGAGAUACCUUCCAAGACCAGAGUGAUUAUCAAUGCCUGGGCAAUUGGGAGAGAUCCAAAUCAUUGGGCUCAGCCUGAAAAUUUUGAGCCUGAAAGGUUUAUCAACAGUUCAGUAGAUUUCUUGGGAACAAAUUUUGAGUUCAUUCCAUUUGGUGCUGGAAGAAGGAUAUGUCCAGGCAUAUUAUUUGCAGUGCCAAAUCUAGAGCUACCACUUGCCCAACUGUUGUUCCAUUUUGAUUGGAAGUUGCCGAAGCAAGAAGAUAUAGAUAUGACUGAGGAGUUUGGCUUGUCCGUGAGGAGGAAAAAUGAUCUAGUCUUAGUUCCUACUCCUUACCAUGCUUCUAUUAUCGUUUCCUAGAAGCACAAGGAGGAUAUAUUUGUCUAGGCAUAUUAUAGGUUAAAUUCUGCUUUUUGUCCUUAUAUUUUGUGAAAGCUAUGGAAUUAGUAAUUGCAUUUUAAUUUGAUCAA